AUGCCAGAACCAAGUCGUUCCCCUUCGGCUGUGGCGCCGGAGCCUCAAGGCCAUGGGCCUGCCCAGGGAGUGCCAGACGGACGCCCACCUCUGCUGUCUCUGCCCCGUUUGCGUACCCUCCAGCUGACUCAAGCCGGAAGCAGAACAAGAAUCACUCCUGUGGACCAGUGUCGGGACCAAAAAUUCCUCAGGGGGUUCCUGAUGGGAAAAUCUCGUCUCAACACCAGGACAGAAAUUCUGAUUUGUCUUCUGGAAGCCUCCCAGGAUGACCUCUCCAGCUCACUGACACUCACUAAGCCCCACUUGUAA